AAUUGAUUCAUAGAAUGGAGGUUAACGCUAGUUCGUUAAAAUAAAAGUAAAUAGUAUAAGAACAAUAUAAUUUAAACAAAAUCAUAAAAAAAAAUCUAGAAAUGCAAAAUUCUCGGAGUAACGCAAAUUCAUCGAAAUACGGAAUUGAAAAUGCUGAUUCGUAUUUGCCUAUGGGUCUAUACACAUCAGGAUAUGGCGGAAAUUACUAUGCUCUCGUUGAAAAAUCAAACACAAAAUCAAAAGCAAAUAAGAGUAAAAAAUCUGCUGAGGCUGACGAAUCGCAUAAGGAAACAAUAAAUAUUCAUAAACAAAUAAAGGAAGCAAACAAACUCAAUAGGGUUACACAAAAAUAUUUAGAAUAUGCAGCUGAAAAUCGUCCACAUGACAUAAUCGUGGAUUUACUCAGUAACAAAAAAGAUGUAAUAGAUUUAAUAAAUAAUAGUUUGUCACGUGAUGACAUAGUAACAGGAAUAAACAUUCUUGGAAAGAUUUGUAGUUCAAGUUUUACAGAACUCAAAACAAAACUAAUUUCUGGCACAAAUGACUUAUUUUUACAUAAUCUUCAUGAUGCCAUGAACUCUUCUAAAAUCCCAAAAAGUCUCAGUAUAUCCUUCUGCUCAAGACCUUUGUACAACUGA